AUGUGGAACACAAUCAUCCGAGGCUACUCCUUGUCCUCCACGCCGUUACGCGCCGUGGAGUUUUAUCGAAUGAUGAUUCUCUCCGGUACCGAGCCUAAUUCUUAUACAUUCCCUUUUGUUUUGAAGUCAUGUGCGAGAAUUGGGGCGGCUUCCCCGGAAGGGAAGCAGCUCCAUGGACAUGUGCUGAAGCUGGGACUUGGGUGUGAUGCGUUUGUGCACACUUCGUUGAUUAAUAUGUAUGCAAAAAGCGGUGAGUUGGAGAAUGCGAGGUUGGUGUUUGAUAAGAGUUGUCUGAGAGAUGCGGUUUCGUAUACUGCUUUGAUUACUGGCUAUGUUUCGAGGGGUUGUAUGGACGAUGCGAGGAGGUUGUUUGAUGAAAUGUUGGCAAGAGAUGCUGUUUCUUGGAAUGCUAUGAUUUCGGGGUAUGCGCAGAGCGGCCGGUUUGAGGAAGCGUUGGGGUUGUUUGAGGAGAUGAGGAGGGCAAAUGUGGUGCCUAAUGAGAGUACUAUGGUUAGUGUGCUCUCUGCUUGUGCUCAUUUGGGAGCUCUUGAUCUUGGAAAAUGGAUCCAUGUUUAUAUAGAUAAGAAGCUGCAGAGUUUGAGUAAUGCACCUCUUCAGACUAGUCUCAUAGACAUGUAUGCAAAAUGUGGAAACAUAGAGGCAGCAAAACAAGUGUUUGAUGGUAUGGAAGACAAAAGCUUGGCCUCCUGGAAUGCAAUGAUAACUGGCUUAGCGAUGCAUGGGGAGGCAAAUGCAGCACUUGAGCUUUUUUCGAAAAUGGGUGACGAAGGAAUCAAGCCAGAUGAUAUCACAUUUGUGGGAGUUCUAUCGGCCUGCAACCAUGGUGGUCUUGUAGACCUUGGACGAAAAUAUUUUAGUUCCAUGACCAAAGACUACAACAUUUCACCACAACUACAACACUAUGGAUGUAUGAUAGAUCUUUUAGGCCGAGCUGGGCUACUUGAUGAGGCAGAGGCCCUGAUGAAGACCAUGGAGAUGAAGCCAGAUGGUGCUGUAUGGGGUUCUCUUCUUGGGGCUUGUAGAACUCAUAAGCGUGUAGAGAUGGGUGAAUAUGUUGCCAAACAUGUGUUCGAAUUAGAGCCUGAAAAUGCCGGGGCUUAUGUGCUGCUAUCAAAUAUCUAUGCAGGAGCUGGUAUGUGGGACGAUGUAGCGAGAAUAAGAACCACGCUGAACGAUAUGGGAAUCAAGAAAGUUCCUGGAAGUACAUCUAUUGAGGUGGAUAGUGUUGUUCAUGAGUUUCUGGUUGGUGACAAAGUGCAUCCUUUAAGUGAGGAAAUCUAUGAGAUGUUGAAAGAAAUGGAUAGGCUUUUGGAUAUGGCUGGUUUUGUACCUGAUACAUCUGAAGUACUCUAUGAUAUGGAUGAGGAAUGGAAGGAAGGGGUUUUGAGUCAUCAUAGUGAGAAGUUGGCCAUUGCUUUCGGUUUGAUCAGCACAAAGCCAGGCACAACCAUUCGAAUUGUAAAGAAUCUUCGAGUAUGUGGAAAUUGCCAUUCAGCUACAAAACUGAUAUCCAAGAUCUUCAAUAGGGAAAUUAUUGCAAGAGAUAGGAAUCGCUUCCACCAUUUUAGAGAUGGUUCUUGUUCAUGUAAUGACAAUUGGUGA